AAGGUAUUCCAAAAACCACCGGUAAAUUAGCUCGAUCUUAGUAGUGAAGAUGGGGAUAGUUUGGAGAGGAUCCCCUGGGUUCUUUACUAUCUCUAGUGUCUUUGUGAUACUGACAAUAUGCCUCUCUAUUAGUACAGAUAUGGCAGGAGCAUCGGAGCCAGACAUUCCCAUGGAAGGAGAAUCGAAGCCGGGCACUCCCCUUGAGGGUAUUCCCGUGAAGCCUCUAACACCUCCACCAACAGUCCCGCCACCUCAACAACAGUGCCCACCGCCACCAACAGUCCCGCCACCUCAACAAAAGUGCCCACCUAAACCUGUAUGUAAACCUUCACCAUUACCCAUACCACCUCCAAAGAAUAUGUGCAAAUUCGAAGACACAUAUUUGGCUAUCAACAGUGAUUGUGGUACUUGUGCAAGUGAAUGUAAAAAGAAAUGUUCUGGCAUGGAUAGUUCGAUGGUAACGCAGCGCUGCACUGUACAAGAUUGUUCGCAGAUUUGCGAGUGUUGUUGCGAAAGCAACCCAGCAGCAUGCGUCCCUUGAACAUGUGUACUCUAAAGGAAUAUUCCAUGUGUAAAAGUGAUAAUCGCAUAAGACAAAUGCUUAGAAAGUGGAGCUAAUUCCCCGGAAUAGAGUGUGCAUCUUCCUAGUUAUUGUGCAAGUGUUGGUUCAGAACCAUUUUGUGUCAUUGUUUGUUAUUUCCCAUUUUGUCGCUCUCGUUUUUUAUGCCUACUUAAGGUUGACGAUGUACUCUUUAUCUCUUUAAUCAUCA